ACUGACAACACUACACAAACGUCAAAAAGUUGAGAACAGCUCUGUCUAAGAAUUUAUUUCUUCCUAAAAUUUUGUUUAUUCCCCGUUCCCACGCUUUAAUUGUGACAUAGUUGUGAAAAUAAUCAAGUCAACUUCGAAUGUCUCUUAAUAAUAGUUACAACAUAGUAGAAAUUCUUAGCGGCGCAAUAUCAAAUUACUAUAAGAAUGAGGCAUUUGAAUCACAAUGAAAGUGUAUUUUAAAUAACUAGAAGCAGGCGGAGUGUGAACAAUAUAGUGCAGUAGUGAGCCGUGAUAUUUUUUAUUGUGUAAUUAUUGGCGUGUGAUAUGUCGGAUAGCGGCUCGUUUGUUGCAAAACCGGCACGGGGUUGGCUACAUCCCGACUCCGUGCUUGCGAGUGAUGGAGUUACGUAUGCUGUCAGGUACAUUGGUUGCAUGGAAGUUUUGACAUCAAUGAAAAAGUUGGAUUUUGAGACAAGGUCACAAGUUGCGAAAGAAUGCAUCGCCCGAGUGUGCGCUGCAGCAGGGCUUCGUUCAGCGGACAAGAAGCGUCGCGUGUGCCAGGCGGCGGCGCGGGCGCUCGCGGCUCGACCGCGCAUGGCGCACUCCGGGGCCAACGUGGCCCUCAUCAUCUCCUCCAAGGCGAUCUCAUUAGCCGCUCUAGAGGGCGGCGAGACUAUCGCUAGACACGACAUGCCGAGAGUGUCCUUCGCGUCUGGCGGUGAUGCGGAUUCCCUGGACUUUGUCGCUUAUGUUGCCAAAUCCGCCCCGCCCACGGAGUGGAGGGCCUGCUACGUUCUAGAAUGUGGUGGAAGAUUAGCACAAGACGUCAUCGCUACCAUUGGACAGGCUUUCGAACUGCGUUUCAAGGAGUUCUUAACGAAACCUUCGUCGUUGAACAUAAACGGUUCCCGGUCGGUGUGCGAGAGCGCGUGCGCGGCGGAGGAGCGCGAGUACUACAACGACAUGCCGGACAAGAUCCCGCCCGACGCGGCGCCCUCGCACCGCCACCCGCCGCCGCCGCCGCUCGCCUCCCUCGCCUCGCUCGCCUCGCUUGCUCCGCUCUCAUCGUGUGAGGAGAGCGUGCGGCACUACGUGAACCAGACGCCGCCGCCGCGGACGCCGCCCACCGCGCUGCUGCCCAACCACCACACCGACAUAUUCGACAUGCAGCCGUUCACCGCGGCACCUGCGUCCGCGCCGGUGUCGCUGGCGGCGUCGUCGUCUCCCGCAGCGUCGUCGUCGUCAACUGCGUCGGCGUCGGCGUCGUCGUGCGCGGCCGAGCCCGAAGCACUACCGGCGCACGCGCAGGCGGCGCUGCUGGCGCGCGAGCCCUGGUUUCACGGACCUAUCUCCAGAACCACCGCUGAAAAGCUGGUAGUGGAGGACGGUCAGUUCCUGGUGCGUGAGUCGACGGCGUGCGCGGGACAGUUCGUGCUGACGGGCGCGCGGCGCGGCGUGCACAAACAUCUGCUGCUCGUCGACCCCAACGGAGUGGUUCGAACAAAAGACCGCGUGUUCGACAGCGUGCCUCACCUGAUCAAGUACCACUGCACUAACGAGCUGCCGAUCGUGUCGGCGGACUCGGCGCUGCUGCUGCGGAAGCCGGUGUUCAGAAGCGCCUCUUGAGACAGAGCCGAGCGGAGGAUCUCACCCAACACGCUGUCUUUUUAACGAUAUCCUCUAGAUAUGACUCGCUUGGCCCACAUAGGUAAGUUAUCGAAACGAGUUUUAUGUGCUGAAACAGAUUUUAUUUAUGGACGGAUUUUGUUGGAUUUGAUAUCCAAAUAAUCUUGCUUUAAAAUACAAGUUGACAAAUUUCUAGGUAAUGUUUGCACACCAGAUGCAUAACAAACUCGUUUCGUUAAUAUCGAUAAAAAUAUUAUGGAAGAAUUAUUGCAAAUUGCACUAUUAAAUUUUUCAUCAAUAUAACACAUUGAUGCAUUUUCAAUGUUCGCGUUGUAACUUUAGUCUAGGUAACAAAAACCAAAUUAUGAUUAUAAUUUCCUAUUUAGAAAAUCUCUUAGUAAUGACUUAAUUUAAUAUGUAUCUUGAUUUGGAAUGAAUUGAAACGGAAGUCUUGAAGGCGGAUGUUAUCUGAACAGACUGAACUGUUGUUAGAAUGUAAACGAUAAGUUUUAAAGUCAAUGCAAUUAAAACAAUAUAAUUAAGGUGUAAUGAUAGAGGAAAUGCCACACGUAUAGUAUCUACUGUUGUACUCUUUAGUUACUUUUACUUACUGUUGCUGUUGAUUACAAAAUAUAUUAGCCAAUCUACGUUCUACAUAUCACACCAUUCUAUACCUGGCAUACCUUAUUAAAAAUGUACAUUCCAUAAACAAUAAUACCAUACAAAAAUCAUCGAAAAUGGUUACAAUACCGCAAAUUGAAUUGCUACGAUUUUUUAUCUAUGUUUUAGACAUAAAAAUAUGCUAUAAAUUCCGCUAACUAUUGCGGUAUGUUUAUUAUUUUACCGAUGUUAGAAUAUUUUGUCUUUCAUGUUAUACAAAGCGCUUUCGUAUCCCGGCACAAAUGUUCUUAAUGAUAAUGUUUGCAUGUAACUAUUUUAACUAUAAGAAUAAUUUGGUUAAGUUUUGUGAAUGUUGCUGUGCAAUUUAUACCAAAUUGGGAAGCAAUCCGCCAAACAAUUGAGCAGGGCGGGUAGGACCAAAGCUUUUCUUAUAAUAAGAAGGGAUAUCAAAGUCUAGUAGGUUUAAGGUCAGCGCUUAAGCCUUGUUGGAAAUGCCUUAGUAUUUUAGUUGAGUAGCAGUGAAGAAGUUUGCCAUAGAGCGGCCCUAUUUUAAAAAUGUUUUGAGGCCCGUCGGUGAAGUGUGUACUGAGGGGAUCCCUCCUUAGUACAUCAUGGCCAGUGACCAUCUGGUCAGAAGCGGAAGUCAGGGCCCCCUAAGGUUCAGAGGCCUCGUAUCAUUGAUACGGCUGAUACGGCGGAAGGAACGCCUCUAUCGAGUAACUAAGAAACUAAGCGUGUCUGUACUUAUCUACUCACAAAAUUUUCGGUGUUCAGGCUAUCUCAAUAAAUUACUAGCUGCUCGGCUAAAAUACUGCCGUAGUUCGAACCGGGCUUUACAGAGUGGCGGUGAACUGAAUUAUUAAAUUUGCACUCAAACUCCCUUAUUCAUAGACAUUAUUUAUCUAAGGACGGAGAAUUGCUGUGAUAACAAGCCUGUUUCUUAGUGCUGACGGCAUGGCAGCCUUCGCAGUGCGUAGACAUAGGGCCGUUGUGAUUGGCUAAUAUUGAGAUACAACUUGAAUCUAGUUGUCUGUGAGAUAAACAAAGCUGUACAAACAGCAAGCUAUCAGAUACACAAAGCUGAGAAAAAAACUUGUUAUCACAGCAAUACUCCGUCCUUAGAUAAAUAACGUCUAUGAAUAAGGGGGAAACUCUUUAACUAGUACAGUAUUCUGCUGUAAAUAUUACACAUCGGUUUUAGAAGUUAUAAUGAGAUAUUCCGUUAGUUACGGAGUAACAGAGUAUAGUCCUCAGACACUAUGUGACGUUUACCGCCAAGUUCAAUAAACGAUCCCAAUCGCUUUUUUCGAUGUAUCUCAAAAAUAGACCAAUCAGAACAAAGUAUUUUUGACAUGAUUAUAAAUGACUUAUUUUGAUUGGUUAAUUCUCGGAAUUGGAUUAAAGAUUGACAUUGGGAUCGUUUAUUAAAAACGGCCGUAAGUCAUGCAUAUGACUAUACGUAUAGGCUCGUCAUUUUAUAUCAAAGAAGGAAAGCAAUGAAGUCUUGAAUUUAGAUCUAUUUGUGUCACAGCACAAUCUCACAUAAGUUUUUCUUAAUGUUAUAUUGUGUGAUGUAUUUUCUUAUACACAGCUCUCUCGUAUUAUUUAAUGUAUGCAAUCAAGUAAAAACCGAUAGGUGCUACAAAGGCUUACUUAAUUUUAAUUGUGAUUGUUAUUGAAAUAAAUAGUGUAUAUAUAAUUCAACACAUUAAUAAAAUAUGUCGAUAAUUUUAAGACUGCUCGUAUUGUUUUCGCACGGUUAGGAAGAACCAAAAUGGUAUAUCGAUGCUUUAAUUUCAAUACGAUAAGUGGAGGCACAUGUAAGCAAAAUAUCGAAAAUUUAUCUGAUAAGUCAUAAGUGACCAUAUUGUUAUAAAAUUGAUGUAAAUGUAGUUUAUGUGAAUGCGAUGCAUCAUAAUUGAUAUAUUUUAAUUAUUAGUGAUACUAUUUAAAUAAAUAAAAAACUAUAUUUGACACAA